AUGUCAAAAAUAGUGAGGAGCGUCAAAAAUGUCACCAAGGGGUAUUCAAGCGUCCAGGUGAAGGUGCGCGAGGCAACGAGCAAUGAUCCAUGGGGCCCAACGGGGACACAGAUGGCCGAGAUCGCACAACUUACCUACAACUCGUCCACCGAGUUCUACGAGAUCAUGGACAUGCUGGACAAGAGGUUGAACGACAAGGGCAAGAACUGGCGUCAUGUUCUGAAGGCACUGAAGGUGCUGGACUACUGUCUGCACGAGGGAUCCGAACUUGUCGUCACCUGGGGCAAGCAGAACAUCUACAUCAUCAAGACCCUUCGAGAGUUCAUGUACAUCGAUGAAGAGGGCAGAGAUGUGGGCCAGAAUAUUCGGGUGGCCGCUAAGGAGUUGACCUCCCUGUUGCUGGACGAGGAGCGCCUGCGAAGCGAAAGAACCGACCGGAGGAAAUGGAAGUCCCGUGUCACAGGUCUCGAUGAAUUCGGCCCGACAAGCCCUCAAGAAGCCCCGCAGCGACGCCGACGCGAGCGCACCGACGAUGAAGAUGCCGAGUACCGGUUGGCAAUCGAGGCUAGCAAGCGUCAAGAAGAGGAGGACCGGAGGAAGCGCGAGGGCCGGCGGGAUAGCGGCGAGGAUGACGACAUCGCCAAGGCUAUCAAGCUGAGCAAGGAGGAGGAGGAAGCGCGCCGGCGUCAACUGGAAGAGCAGAACGCCCAGUCUCUGUUUGAUGACACCCCUACGCAGCCUCAGCCGACGGGUUGGAACCAAGGCUACCAACAAGGCAGUGGAGUGGAUUGGUUGGGCAACCCUAUCGAUCAGAACCAACUGCAACCUCAGCCCACAGGCUAUAUGCCUAAUGCCUACACUGGCUUCGGUACGCAGCCCACGGGAUUCCAGCAGAAUGGUUUCUCGAAUGGCUUCGGUCAGCAACAGCCCACUGGAUUUGAUCCUUAUGGCCAGAACCUGCAAGGGCAACAGGCUUUCCAGCCUCAACCCACGGGCUACAACCCAUAUGCGCAGCAGCAGCAGCUCCAGCCUCAGCAGACGGAAUCGCCCGUACAGCCUGGAAGCAAUAAUCCGUGGGCAACGAACAACAAUCACAACCAAGCCUUAUCCGCGAUGCCACCGAUGAAGACAGGCUCGAACAACCCAUUUGCUCAGCAGCAACAGCCUACCUACAGCCGGCCACAACCCUACAAGGUCCCGUCAUUGUCGGUGCUUAAUCCUCUGCCAGAACAGAAGACCUUGUCGACAUUCCAGCAGCAGCAGCCAACUUCAUUCACACCCCCGCCGUCGCAACCUCAGCCUCAGCUGCAGUCGAUGCAGCCGCAGAGGGAACUCAGCGAGCACGAGGCCAAGCUUAAUGCCCUACUCGCAGGUGGCGAAGGACAAGACACCUUUGGAAACGUGGGCCAGACUCGUAUCCCAGCACAGCACACGGCGCCCGGAACGUUUGUAAACAGCGCGGGCGCUGGUCUCAACAGGCUUACUGCGGAGGCAACCGGCAACAAUCCAUUCCUCCGACAGCAGUUCACCGGCAUGCCGAGUGUGUCAUACGGAGCCUCUGGCCCGUCUGGCAUGAACGGUGGGUUCGGGCAGAGCUCGAGCAACCCAUUCGGGACGCGGCCUCAGCAACAGCAAGGAAACCAGGGUGAUCUGAUCCAAUUCUAG